GGCAUUUUUAUUUGACUAUAAUGAUCGAAGAACCAAAUUGGACUUAGAAUCCUCAAUAUUAUAGAACCCGAGAAGGUAAAGACGGGGAAGAGGCAGAUAGAGACACCAUGAUGGAGCAGAAUAUAUCCAUAGUAGUGUUCAACAUGCUACCGACGUCAGUCCAGUCUCGAUUACCGGCUCUUCAGUCACUCCGCCGGUCUACAAGCCGGUAUAUCUUACCCUCUCGGCGGCGUUCUAUAACAUCUCAGGACGAUAUAGAACCUGUGGUCAUCGCAAGAAGAGAUGCGAAUGCAAUCGUUGAGUUACAAACAUGCGCCACAGCAGCAGGUGUCGCCAACAAUAGACUCGUGGAGGACAAACCAAAGCCUUCCGGCCCUGAUAGUCGUGUUAUGAACACAAGCUCAGGCGUGAAGUGGAGAUAUGCUAGGCAAGGUUCUUUUUUGCAGCAGUCGGCUUCCCAAGAAACGGCAGACCUAAUAUUCGCGAGGAAAUCGUAUAUCGACGGCGUUGCAUAUAUGCUCAGGGCCCUCCCAGACGACAUGGACGAGUACGAGGUUAGCAUCAUUCACCGAGCACUACCGAAGUCGUGCGCGCAGCUAGACGUGAAUGGUCAGAUCAAGGGCGGUUUAGGUAGAUCCGGUUGGCGGCCGUCUGAUAGAGCAAAGACCUUUCUCCACUCGGCGGUUCAAGGAUUCGUUACAGGCCUUGUUAUCUUUGUCUACCUACUCUUGUCCUUCUUUGCGAUUGUUAUCCGCACCGGGGCAUACUACGAGCGCCAGUACAGCAUCUCACAGCACAUCAUCUCUAGUAGCUUCGUUUUCGCUACUACCCUUGGGAAGCAGAGUGGAGCUUUGAGUGAGAAGAUCUCUGCCAUAAGUGAAGGCAAAUUUGGGAAGGUAAUGUCUGAUCUUGCCGCGUGGACUAUAGAGGGCGUUGCUGGAGGCGUUCAAGAUGGCAUCGGACAGGGUCUACAAUUGAUCGAGCAGAGACAGAAAUGAGACACAUGACAUAACGGUUCUUUGCAUUGCUUAAUGGCUUGGCUUGGCGUACAUAUGGGAGAUAGAGCGGGAUUUUCUCCUCUUCGUUUGGCAUUAUAGAAUCUGCAUAUAGUUGCAUUGGAAAUACGGGGAUAAAUCUGGUUAGACAAUGGGUUGGUAAAGAUAUUCGCGGAACUGCUCUUCGCUUGAUGAUACCGAUAUUCGGAGUUGUUAUAUUAUUACGCUUGAUUUGAUUCAAGGCCUAUAGCAUUGUCUUAGACCAAGGUAUGCUUUACAUAUACUUCAACUAUGAUAUACAAAGCAUUCCCAACUUGAGGGUUGAAUUCGAGAUAUACAGCCCGCCUCCCCAAACGGCGAUCGAGACCCUAGGUUACUAGUCCAACCCCGUAGGCCAAUGUUUAUUUUA